AUGGCCACCAAAUCUGUUAUCAGCCAUCGUGCAUAUGAUCAGCGCGGAAAACAAAUCUUUGUAGCAGUUGCUACUUUCAUAAUCUGUAGCCAACUCCAACUUAUACAAAUGUCUAUACCAAAGGAGAAGGCUCAAUGGGAGGAUGCUGAGGUCGAUGCCUUCCUUGAUUAUCUUAUUUCACAACGAUCGAAGUUGGCUGGAACCAACUUCAAAGAACCGACCUGCAAUGAAGCUUCCCUCAAGAUCGCAGGGUUAAAGAAAAGUGGCCCAGUAAAGAUGGCAUCACAUUGCAAGGUUAAAUGGGCAGGGUUAAAAUCCACUUACAAUGCUAUCGAGAAAUAUUGCAACCGAUCUGGGUGUCAUUGGGAUAGGGAUCGUGGUGCUAGCAUUCAGGGGGAAGCAGCAGUUGAAUCUGUGUGGAGUGAAUUUAUUCAGGCCAGCUCUGGGAAGUCCAUGAAGUUGUUUAAGAACACCGGUUGGAGGUUCUACAGCAAGAUGGAACAAAUCCUACCA